AUGUCGGGCUUCAUCGCGUUUUUGCUGCUGGUGAGCGGUAUGGGCGUAGGGACGCUCGUCUGUGGACUUGCACCGCUCUCGCUCCCACUGUCGCAUCGGAUGAUGCGCGUGCUCGAAGUGUUUGGAGCUGGCUUACUCGUCGGAGCUGCCGUCACAGUCGUUAUCCCUGAAGGCUCGAGCGCGCUCUUCUCCAAUGUCACACCGCCAUCGCCGUCGCCGUCGCCGUCGCCGGCCAGUAUCUAUUCAAGUGCGCUGCAUCCCACAGCGGCCUACAAGCCCGUCUCACCACUCGAAAUACCGCCAGCAUCCCACCCACAAUCUUCGCAGCCGCUAUGGGCAUGGUCCUUUAUCACUAGGCGAUCGGAAGAGCCAUCGCAAAUUCACGCGCUCAAACACGAUCCGCAUAAUCACGACUCGCCUAGCGAUCACAAGCCAUUCACACAGUCCGACGCAGCACACCGUCUUGGAAGCAGCAUCCUUUUUGGAAUCGUUCUCAUGUACAUAAUCGACCAGCUUACUUCCAGCUCGACAGCUUCGUCCCACAAUCACCAUCCAGACAAGACGCAGGAUCACCAUCAUAGCCACGAAUAUCUUAACUCGCCCGUGCGGCCACGUCUCGAAGCGCACCGCCUAUCCAAAUCGUUUCACCAGAGAUCCGACCCAACAACGACACCCAACACCAUUCACAAGGUCAGCAGCAGAGCGUCGUUUACCAUCUAUGACCGUUCGCAGCAUGGCUUCGAUGAGGAGGCUCAAGCAGGAGCUUCUUCGGCAGGCACACAAGCACCCUCGACGAGCAAUGAACCGCACAGGCGUGUUGAAAGCAUCACCACCGCUUCCAGCAGCAGCAUUCUCAAACGCAGCAGAUCCAUGUCGUCGUCGCAUACAGACCAUUCGAGUUUCGGUCAGGCUUUGACGACCAUCGUCGGUCUUCUGAUCCACGCUGCAGCGGAUGGCAUCGCUAUGGGCGCCUCAGCUCAGUCGGGCGAUGAGACGCUCACCAUGGUCGUCUUUAUCGCCAUCAUGGUGCACAAGGCUCCAGCUGCGUUUGGUCUGUGUGCCAUGCUCAUGUCACAGCGCCUGUCACGCACUUCGAUUCGCAAGGCCGUCGCUAUCUUUGCCUUUGCCUCGCCUCUAGGCGCGCUGGUCACCUACGGUCUGCUCGCUAUGUUCUUUGACUCGGCCAACACAACCGUGCACCGAGCCGCAGCAGACGCACAGGGUGGCAUCGACGGCAAAAGCAUCGGCACAGCGCUCGCAUUUUCGGGCGGCACUUUCCUCUUUGUCGCUUUCCACGCCGUGUUGGAACUUGCCGGAGCCGAAGCGGAUACGCUUCCGUCACUCGUCGGCAGCGCAGACGCGGCAGGCGAGACCCAGAUCUUGGGCAAGUGGCUGAGGAUAGCACUGUUGAUCGCUGGCGCUUGCACUCCGAGAUUGCUCCAGAGCGUGUUGGCUAGUUUUGGAGGCGCACAUCAUCAUUGA